CCUUGAUUAGCCUGUCCUUUGGGGGAGCUGUCGGACUCAUGUUCUUGAUGCUCGGAUGUGCCCUUCCCCAGUACAACCAGUACUGGCCACUGUUUGUUCUGUUUUUCUACAUCCUUUCUCCUAUCCCGUACUGCAUAGCAAGAAGAUUAGUAGAUGACACAGAUGCUACAAGUAAUGCCUGCAAGGAGCUAGCAAUAUUUCUUACGACAGGCAUUGUUGUCUCAGCAUUUGGGCUACCGAUAGUGUUUGCAAGAGCAGAACUGAUUUACUGGGGCGCGUGUGCACUUGUUCUUACGGGGAAUACAGUCAUCUUUGCCACGAUCCUAGGAUUUUUCUUGGUCUUUGGCAGCAAUGACGACUUCAGCUGGCAGCAGUGGUGAAAGGAAGAUAAGAGAACUAUCACAGGCAUCUUGUCAUGCAGUGGCCAUCCAUACAAAUGAGAGAAUGGGCAAUAAAGAGAAGUAGCAUAGCAAGCCUCUUGAGCAUUCUAGAUGCUCCUUUCCACCUUGUUCAUUCUGAGUGUACUACUGUUGCUGACAGGGUUUCUACAUUUUUAUGAAGUGGAGAGAUGAUUGAUUUCAUUUUUACCUAUGGUAUGUUUUUAGGUGCUCUCUUGGUUUAAAAUUGUCAUCCUUCUGUCUGGUGUUUAUGUGAAGCUUUAAAUCUGGAACAAGAACAUUUAAACAUGGUUUCAAAGAAGAUUUAAAGUUGGGUGGUUUU